AUGAAAAUAGCCUGCAAAACAAAUACUAACAUCAAUUCCCAGAAUUUGGAUGUUACUUUGAUUCUGCUUACUACUAUCCAUUCAUUACUUCCUUCUUCCUGUUCCUUUUCAUACCCUCAUUCUAUCUCACUUUUUGUCACUUUUCUUCUUCUUCCUCCUCCUCUCUUCUCUUCUUCCCCCUCCUCCUCUCUUCUCUUCUUCCCCUCCUCCUCUCUUCUCUUCUUCCCCUCCUCCUCUCUUCUCUUCUUCCCCCUCCUCCUCUCUUCUCUUCCCCCCCUCCUCCUUCUUCCCCUCCUUCUCUUCUUCCCCCUCCUCCUCUCUUCUCUUCUUCCCCUCCUCCUCUCUUCUCUUCUUUCCCCUCCCCCUCUUCUUCCCCCCUCCUCCUCUCUUCUCUUCUUCCCCUCCUCCUCUCUUCUCUUCUUCCCCCUCCUCCUCUCUUCUCUUCUUCCCCCUCCUCCUCUCUUCUCUUCUCUUCUGCCAUGCUUUCCCUUCUUGCUGCCAAUCUAA